AUGGCCCCUAGAAAGAUUCCAGCUAUCGACAGCUCUGCCAAGGAUUUCUUGCUGCGAAAAGAUGUCCCGGAGAAUAAGAAUGUGAAUGGCUCCGCCUCUAAGCCGCAGAUGAAGGAGGAACAGACGUCUGGCUCGGGCCCCCCCUCUACCCAAAUUACGCAAGAGCGUCCAACCCAGAAACCGGAGAUUCAUGAAACCCCCGGAGGAAAUCAAAAUCUUGGACCUCAGUCACGCCAGUCUCCAGCUACCUCCAACCUCGCCAGUGGUGGAACAGGAACUUGCUCCAAGGAUCCACCCAGUGUAAAGCAUGAGAACCCGGGUCUUGCCUCGUUCUUAUCUUUUGCUCCUCCUGGGGUUUUCAGUACUGCCACGCCGGCUGCUAGCUCUCAUUCAAACGAAGCGAAGAAAUCAGCCGCCAAUAAUGCUACAAGCGCCCAGACACCUGCUCUCAUCAAAAUAAAAGAGAUCGCACGUCCCUCACAGGUGGAAGCUGCUGCAGUAGCCCAGACUUCUCAAUUGACUCAGAAGAACCUCGAGGCAGUGACGCCUGGUAAGAGUGGUCAAAAGGAAAAUGGCCAGGUGGGAAUGAAUGGCAAGUCACCCCAGCCAGUUAGACCUGUUGAUGGAAAUCCAUCUUCUGCAUCGCAGAACAAUAAAGCACCCGAGGCUCGAAGUAACAAGACUGCACCUACACCAAAGACGGUUCUCGAGCCAAAAGAGGCUUUGAAAGAAGCAAGGCAACCAACACCCACCGUCAAGCCCACGCCAGCACCCGCCGCUGCUUCUGAACUAACAGGGCCCUCAGACGGGACAAAACAGCCAACACCCAGUGUUGAGCCAGCACUCAAGACUGCUCUCAAGACUGCUCCUGAGCCAAACAAGCCCUCAGGGGGAGAAAACCAACCAAAGCCCAUUGCUGAGACAGUCUUUAAACAAGCUCACGAGCCUGUUGCUGCUUUGAAAUCCUUGCCUAAUGGUUAUGUCAAAGAGCAGCCGCUUGACGACAAACCCUCUGAGACUUCGUCUCUCCGGCCCCAGGCUGAAUACUUCAGCCCCCAUCCCGAUUUUGUCCCUGUUCCUCACAACUCCCCUCAGCCCAUGCUUGAACUCCACUCGCCCCGCCUCAUGAGUCCUGUCAAUGCCACUGCUAUCAGCAUGGACAACUUGCAGCAAUUCAUACCCACGGGUGUUACCACGGGGCAGCUGGUUACUACGACUCAGGUGUCUGUGGUCGGUGGCAGGAUGACACCUGGAGAGUGUAGAGGCACUUUGUACAUGCGGACUCCGGUCAGCAUCCAGCAUGGAGCCCCUCAGCCUCAGGGUGGUCCUGUCCCUGCGUCCCGAGCAUCUUCACAGGAAGCUCGCCCUCAUAUUCAGUUGAAGCCUACACAGGGCCUUGCUUCAUCUCGCUGGAACAAUCAGUAA